GAGAGAGAGAGAGAGAGAGAGAGAGACAGAGACAGAGACAACAUCUUGGACCAUUAUUUUUUUUGCUUUUCCUUCACCCUUGAAUCUGUGGAUAUCCUACCAGAAGACUUGGCUCUUAUGUUGCAUUUCUGCUAAAAAGUUUGGGGAAUUAAGACAUCUCAGAGAGUCGUUGUGAAGACUUGGUAUGGGUUACAACUCCAGAAGGGGCACCAGCUGAAGACAGAGAGAGAUAGGCUCACUUCUGGAGUGUACAAGAGACAGACAGAGACACAGAGAGGUAGAGAGAGACAGAGAGAGAUAGAAUCGUUUCUGGAGUGUGAAAGAGAGGUAGACUCAUUCUUGGAGUGUACAAUUGUUUUCAAAGGGCUGCUGACAUGAUGUUUGCUCACCUGGUCCAGAUUCUGUCGGUGGUGUGGGCUCUGGAGGUGCUGCCGAUCUCUGGAAGCAAGCUGUGGGACGUCCCGUCAGCUCCGCACCCCGUGGUGAACACAACGCUCAAGCUGCAGUGGGAGCCGCAGUGCCAGUUCCAAUUGCGCCACUUGCAGGACGGGGCGAGGAUCACAGCCCUCAUACCGCCUCAUCUGGAGGGCAACUGGGUGUCCACAGGGUGUGAAGUGCGCCCCGGUCCAGAGUUUCUUACGCGUUUCUACUCCUUCUACUCCAACCGGCUCUUCAAAGCCCUGCAGUUCUACUACCGGGAUGGGGGCUGCAGGGAGCCCAUCUACUCACUGACCAUCAAGGGGAAGCUACGACUGCGCCAGGCAUCCUGGAUCACCCGAGGAGCCACCGAGACAGACCACCACGUCAACAAAGUGGGCAUCGUCUUCCACAGCCAGGCAGCCAUGCGGGAGCUCGCGGGCCGGAUCAACCUCACCUGCCCGGGGUUCCUGUCGAGGGGGGGCAGCUGGGCGCCAGGGAGGGUUCACGAGCUGUACAACUCCAAGAGCGGCCGUGACUGCAGGGCAGGCUUGGGCUUCUCCAUGCUGGAGCUGGGGCUGCUCAGGUUGGAGAAGCAGCAGCACCCACAGCGCCGCCUGGUGGAGGAGCUGUUCCUGGGUGACGUGCACACCGACUGGGCGCAGAGAAUGAACUACAGGCCCACUGGGUACCAGCGCCCGCUGCAGAGUGCCAUGCACCAUAUACACCCGUGCCCGGUGUGCGGAAUCAUCUACCGUUCCAACGAACACCAGCCCCCCAUCCUGCCCCGGCAGCCGGACCUGCCCCUGGAGCUCCAGGGCAAGUGGGUGAGCCGGGAGUGCGAGGUGCGACCUGCUGUCCUCUUCCUCACCCGCUACUUCAUCUUCCAAGAGCACAGCCGCUCCUGGGAGGGCUACUACCACCACUACUCCGACCCGGCGUGCCGGCAGCCCACCUUCACUGUGCACGCCUCGGGACACUACGUGAGGGGCCCCCGCUCCGCAGCGGUCCCCGACGGCACCGACUUCGUGUUCAAGGUGACUCACGCCAAGGUGACAGCACUGGACAGGGCCACGCUGCUGAUGCUCAACGCCUCCAAGGAGGGCACCUGCGGAGAGGCGGGCUCCUGGACGCUCGGGCAAGAGCAGGACAUCACCGUCACUCAGGGCUGCGCCUCACUGGGCAUCACGCUCCCCCACAAUGAGUACGAGCUCUUCAAAACACAGCUGGACCACAAGCAGCGCCCCCUACUGUUCAUCGGCGAGAGGCCCACCGAUGGCUCCAGCCCCGACCGGCCCGAGAAGAGGCCCACCUCCUACCAGGCCCCGCUGGUCCAGUGCACAGGGACGAUGGAGACGGCUGCCAGGCACGGCCAGCGCAGCCAGCAGGGCAGAGCCAGCGUGCUCACAGCGACUCCCUGGGCAACCCUGCUGGGGCUCAGCCUGUACCUGCUUGCUGUGCUCUGAGUGGCGCUAUGGAGCGGGGAUGGAUUCUGUGCAAACUGGAUGCAUAAGCAAACAUGUAGAUAUUUAUACAUAUAUUGUUAUACCUUGUUUUUAAGUUUUUUUUUUACAUUGAGGUGCUAUUGCCUUUUGGGAAAUGACAUGAAAAGAUACAUACAUACAUACAUACACACACAUAUAUAACUGUUUUUUAAAAUAAUAAAUUCAUAUUAUUUAAUCAGAUAUUGAGGCCAACAAUAAUAACAACAACAACAACCUAUUGUGCUGUGGGUUCCGUUGAAUACAUGGUACAUCUCAGUUCUGCCAAGUUAAACCACUAAGCAUCACAAGAUAUAAGAGAUAUAUAACUGCUACUGUUUCUUCCUCCUGCUGGUAGAAGCAGGAGUUGCUCCAGAUUCCCACAUAAUAAAAUUCCUGGUCAUGUCUGUCCCUAUCACAUCCUAAGAAACUCCCACCAGCAUCAAUAAGCUGCUGCAGCCCUGAACCAAAAAACAAAACCUGGUGCCUAAACGCUGCUCCCUUCAGAGACAAAGAAAGCUACAACACUCUUCGUAACAUUUGGCUCGGCAUCUGCCAUGUUCUCCAUUUCCCCAGUAACAGCUGUUAAAAGCAAAUAGUUGAAGGUUAGGGUCGGGGCAAGGAUUAGUUUAAUACAAACGAAAUAAUACAACGCUGCUUGGCAGAACCCAGCAGCGACUGCAGGAACGUUAACUGCUGGCUGCUUGGCGCAGAGCUACAGAGCUGUCACUUUGAUUUAGGGUGGAAGAGCCGACAGGAAGCUGAUUCCAGAGAGGAGGGAAAGAAAGAAGAGGAGCAGCUUUACGAUGUAGUCCGAGAUUCCAGAGCUGCUUCCUCUGUCUCAACCUUGCUCCCAGAGAGUCACCAAGGCAUCUUAUUUAUAAUUGAAAUAAUUUUUAAAAUAAUAAUAAUAAAAUGAUGAUGGUGAUGAUUAUUAUUAUUAUUAUUAUUAUUAUAAGGAAAAUAAUUUCUCUGAUUAUUAACCUACAGUUCUGGCCAAAAAGUUUUGCCUCACCCUAUGGAAUGAACAGAUUUUACUUCAUAGAGUCGAAUUAGAUCUUUUAUUUAACAUCGUGUAAUCAAAGAAACUGCAAAAUGAUAUCGCUAAAGUCUACCAGAAGAGGUAACAGUGGUGCAGUAUUUCCUGUUACAUUUUGAAAUGUCACAUUUUUCAAACAGUCAGGUUUUCGUUAAGUACGAAGCGGUAUGUAAUUCAGUAUUGUAAUUUCAUGCGAUUCUGAAGUCAAGUCUGUUCAUUCUAUAGAGUGAGGCAAAACUUUUGGCCAGAACUGUACACAGAUCUGUUCUUAUCUGAAGUAUUUAAUAUGUAGAGGGCUUGCCGUGUUUUUGUCUCAUGUUAUUGCUGCUUUGUAGGUCCUCUGCAUUUUCAAUUAUACCGUUUUAUAUAAUAUAUAUUAAAAACAUGUUUUCCACUAUAAUUUAUGGAGUGGGUUUGGUUCUUCCUGGAACUGUUCACCGAGUGUCUGUUUUCCUGUCUUCCUGGCUAAUGACAGCUGUGUGAGGUGUAUUACAGAAAUAAAUUGCAGCCUCGUGGACAGACCUCCGUUAUUCACACACACACACAGGGUGUGGGUUCUGCAACUUUCAGAGUUUUGUUGGCAGUUACAGCUGAAGAAAUAGCAAGCUGAUCAAACCAUUUAGUCCUGGUAGACUGGAAAGGGAGGGCUGUAGGCUGGGUUAGGGUGGUGUAAGAAUAGACGCAGCAUGUUUAGAAAUCACAACAGAUGGCUUGUGUCUCCCAUGAUGUGAACGCAGAGAUUCAGAGCUGUUUGUCAGCCAAAGACACCACCACUUCUAAAUCAUGACAAAGCAUUCUCAUACUACACACUUAUGUACUAGAAUAACAAACUCUA